UUGGAGAAGCAUGUAGAAUAUGCAAACUUUCAAGUUCUUCGUCUGCUUCCACUGACGGCGAGUCUUCUGCGAUUCGGUCAGUUGUCGCACGUUCGCUCAUUAGCGUCAUCGAAAGGCCUAUGGGACGAUGAAAUGCAACGCGAUUUACCCAAGAAAUGGGAGAAACACGGCGAUAUGAUUGUAUUUCCACAAAAUUCAUUCACUCACAACAACUGGAGGUAUAUCGGUCGGGAAUUGUGGCGUGUAGUGGCGGAAUCGUUGAAAGUCGCUCGCCUUGGUCGAAAACGCUUCAUUGGCAAUGACGACGACAGAACUCCGCACGUCGAUUUGCUUUUCGGCGAACAUGGCUGGGUGGAGCACGUCGAUGAUCGCGGUAUACGCUUUGUCUACGAUGCUUCCAAAAGGGUGUUCAACAAUAAGAAAACUAGAGAAAUGCAACGAAUAUCUGAAUGGGAUUGUCACGGAGAGACGGUGGUAGACAUGUAUGCCGGUCUUGGCUACUACUCUAUGCGAUUUCUCAAGUGCUGUGGAGCAAAACAGGUGAUUGCCAUUGACUGGUCGGACGACAUGUGUGAGGCGUUGAGAAGAACCGCCGAAGCCAACGACCUUCGAGACCACAUAGUCAUAAUUGAAGGCGACUGUCGGCGGGUAACUCCGUGUAUGGUUGCUGAUCGUGUUUUCCUCGGACUUCUGCCAUCAUGUCGAGCUCACUGGCUCACAGCAUGCAAAGCUCUUAAGAAGGAAGGCGGUAUGUUACAUAUUCAUGAAGUGAUCGACGUCAGCACGAAGGAAAUUGCGCAAAAAGAGUCAACGAUGAAGUGCGUUUUGUUUUCUUUAAUUCAAAAACCUACAAACUGUUUUUUUCUAAAUACAUAUUUCACAUAUUUAGAAUGUAAAAAUGUGUCCGGUCCACCGGUAAAAGAUGGUAACGAAAAUCAACCAGUGAAACGAAAACUAUCCAGGUCACAGUCUAUCGUUGAGGAAUUAGAAAGCAGGACAUUGCCCACACCUACGGUUAGUUUCAUUUAUUUUGAGAACAGUGGAUGGAGAUCACUACCAGAAUCCUAUAAAGACUUUGCUAUCGAUUGCGCGACAAAUUGCACACGAUUUCUUAAUAAUAUCCACUUCUCCGACACAAUGUACUGCGUCACUAUAGUAAAUCUGGUCAGAUAUGGUGGUUGUUCACCAAAAUCGGAUCAUAUUGUAUUGGACCUGCUUUGUCGCUUAGAGAAUGUUUCUGUCGAAAAAAUGGUGGCGAAGUAUCUCACGUUGAAUCACGCAUGA